AUGAAUCAAAAAUUAUUAGAAUUAUUGCGUAAACUUGAAACUGAGGCUGAUCUAAAGAAUAAAGUGUCUGAAAAAGAACCCAAAACCGAGGCUGAUCCAAAUGUUAAGGUGUCCGAAAAAGAAUCCAAUUCAAAGGAUAGUGAAAUUGCCAUGCUUAAGGAUAAACAUCUUCGUUGUUUGGCUGAACUAGAAAAUCAACGUGAAAUUUCGCGUCGAGAAGUAGAAAUGGCCGCUCAAUUCGCCAUUCACAAAUUUGCUAAAGACAUUUUAUCAGCAGUGGACAAUUUGGAGCUUGCUUUAAAGUCUGUUCCACCCGAGCUACAGACUGAAUCUGCCACUCCUACAGAUUCCGCUUCAGCUAUUAGUAAAUUGGUUACUUUAUAUAAAGGAGUUUAUUUAACAGAAUCAGAAUUGUUAAAUACACUUAAACGUCACGGCAUAGAAAAGAUUGAACCAAAAUUAGGAGAAAAAUUUGAUCCAAAAAUCCAUGAAGCUUUGUACCAAGCAACUACCUCCUCAAGUUGGAGUCGUUAA